AUUGGUUGGAUAAUGUUAAGGAUUUAUCACUUAUAUAUGUGGGCAUUUGCAAUGGCUCUCUCACGCCUUGAGCUUUUCCAUAUUGAUCAUUCUUAAAGGCUUAAAUUAGUGUUUUUAUCAUCACAUUUUAAUGGCUCUCAACUCUUUCUCCUUUACCGUCUCUCUGAUUCUAUUCUCAUUUAUGAUUGUUAUUGCUUCUGCUAGUGAUUAUGCUUAUGGUUCAAAACCAAAAGUACUUUACAAGCCAAUGUUUGAUAUGAAAGAAAAGCAACUCCCCAUUGGUGUUGAAGGGCUUAUUUUGUGUAAAUCAGGCCCCAAAACAAUCCCAAUUGAAGGAGCUGUUGCUAGAAUAACAUGUCUAGCUGUUGAUGAGCAUGGUUAUGAGACAGCACCUUUCUCCAUCUUGAGCAAAGCCACAGAUUCAAAGGCUUAUUACUUUGCAACUUUGUUCCCUAAUGAACUCGGUAACAAUCUAAAGCUUACCGAAUGCAAGGCAUUCCUUGAAAAAUCUCCAUUGGAGACUUGUAAAGUUGCGACUGAUGUCAACGAAGGAAUAAGUGGUGCUCCCCUCUCUUAUCGUGGCCUGCUCGACAACAAGAAGAUGAAGUUGUAUUCAGUGCCACCUUUCAUCUACACCUUGCAACCCAAACCUUCCUCUAACGAUUAUUAA